GUAUGAGGCAAGUCACUCAACUCUAUAGGCAGUAGACAAAACUGUUUAGGCAACUACAACAUUUAAGAGCUGUCUGGUGUUGGACUGACAUCAACAAAGACUAAUUUGUUAAGAUGCUUAAUCUGCGGGUAGCGACAAGCCAGUUUACCUAUGAGGUGCGAGAGCCAGGGUUGUGGGUCUGGAGGGUGGAGAAGAUGAAGGCUGUUCCUCUUGACUCAUCACAGCAGGGUAUCUUCUACAGCGGAGAUGCAUACAUUGUCCUCAGCAACCGGGGAAAGGAUGGAAGUGACCUGCACAUGUGGAUGGGUGAGAAGUCGUCUCGGGAUGAACAGGGUGCUUGUGCCAUACUUGCCACUCAGCUAGACAGCUACUUGGGUGGAGAGCCAGUACAACACCGACAGGUGCAAGGCUACGAGUCACAUGAGUUCAUGGGACUCUUUCCGAAAGGAGUCAGCUUCAAGGAGGGAGGGGUGGAGUCUGGAUUCAAGAGUGCCAGCUCCAGGAUUGGCCCAGUUACUCAUCUGUAUCAGGUCAAAGGAAAGAAAAACAUCAAAGCCAGAGAGGUGGAGCUUAGCUGGGGGAGCUUCAACAAGGGAGACUGUUUCAUACUGGACCUGGGAGAGACCAUAUUCGCAUGGAGUGGUUCCAAAGCAAACAUGUUUGAGCGACAGAAGGUCCGUGAGAUUGCGAUGCUGAUCAGAGACACAGAGAGGAAUGGAAAAGCUCACAUUAUUGAUGUGACAGAGGGAGAGGAACCACUAGAGAUGGUUCAGGUGCUUGGUCCAAUCCCGACUCUGAAAGACAGCACAACAGAGGAAGACGCUAAAGCAGAUAUCUCUAAUUCUGCUUCCCUUUACAAGGUGUCUAAUGAUACAGGCCAAAUGACUUUGACAAAACUGUGUGAUAGAGGACCUUUCAGUCAAGAGAUGUUGGGAAAAGAUGGCUGCUUCAUACUGGACAAUGGAUCUAACGGGAAGAUCUAUGUUUGGAAAGGGAAUGGAGCCAAUGCAGAGGAGAAGAGAGGUGCUCUGAAGGUGGCAGAUGAGUUUAUUACAGAAUUGAACUAUCCCAGGAUGAGAACACAGGUGGAAAUUCUCCCUCAAGGCCGUGAAUCCGUCCUCUUCAAACAGUUCUUCAAAUGUUGGAGUUAAAUACACACACCAAGAUAUGGGAUGCAUGUAGAAACUGAACUUGUUUGUAUAAUCACAUAACAUAUUAGCCAUGUGUAGUUUUACCUACCUGUAAAGACUCUCUGCUGUUAGCCAAAACAUUGCUGUUUGAUGCUGGGUGCUGUGAAGGUUAUUAUGUCUUGUCUUUCAGAAAUAUAUUUUCUGAAUUCAAAAAUAAUUUUCUGUUACAUAUUGUAUGUUCAUGAUAUCUUGCAUUAAUACAAAAAAAAACCUGUCUACAACCCAUGAAUCAGUUGUUGUUGCUUUUUGUUAAAAAAAAUUUGGAAUAGUUUUUUUUUAUUUAGAAAUUCUGAUUUUAUUUAAUCACAUAACCUCUAUAGUGUAAUGAGCAUCAAAUGUACAAACACAGACACCACACUGAUGCUUAUAUAACUAUGCAUGUUAAUUACAUCAAUUGUUUUCUGUGUAAUCAUCCUUUAUCGUGGACAGGUGUAUGUUUGCAAACUAAACUAAUCUCUGCAACCAAUCAAAAUCACUGUAGAAAAUAAGUGGGUGAACUAACCUAAGUAUGUGCACUGAAUAAAAAACU